AGAUGGCAAGGAAUAACGUUUGCUACCAUGAUCAGUACAUGGACUUUUUCUACAACAACAGCAACAUAACCUCAGAUGAAUGGGAUCGAACGCAGCUCAUCCUGGUUCAGUGUGUUGGAUCCAUCUGCUGUUGCUUCAUCCUAGUGGCCAACGCCAUGAUCAUUGCAGCGGUGGUGACAAACAGAAGGUUUCACUAUCCCUUCUACUAUCUCCUCGCCAAUCUUGCCGCCUCAGACUUUCUCGCCGGGAUCGCUUAUGUGUAUCUCAUGUUCAAUACAGGGAAAAUAUCUCGUGAUCUAACGGUUCAAGCCUACUUCUUUCGGCAGGGUUUGCUGGAUGCGAGUCUCUCCGCAUCCCUGACCAACCUCCUGGUGAUCGCCCUCGAGCGCUACAUCUCCAUCAUGAACUGGAAGGUCCACAGUAACCUCACCAAACGUCGAGUGACCCUGUUGAUUGCCCUUGUGUGGGGUAUAUCGAUAUUCAUGGGGGCCGUGCCUAGUUUGGGCUGGAACUGUGUCUGUAGUCUGGACCUGUGCUCCAAACUGGCUCCCAUCUUUAGCCGGAGCUACCUGAUCUUCUGGUCCGUGUCCAACCUGGUGCUCUUUCUCAUUAUGGUGGGCGUAUACUUGAGGAUAUACCUCUAUGUGAUGAAAAAGACUGCAGUCUUGAAGUCGCACACUUCUGGAUCUAUAAAUCGUAAGAGGACGCCAGUCAAACUCAUCAAAACUGUGAUGACCGUACUAGGAGCGUUUGUGAUCUGUUGGACCCCUGGACUUGUGGUUCUUCUCCUGGAUGGACUCAAGUGCGAACGAUGCGAGGUCCUGAAAUUCAAACGCUGGCUGCUGCUCCUCGCCGUCCUCAACUCUGUCAUAAACCCGAUCAUCUACUCCUACAGGGACGAGGAAAUGUGGACCACCAUCAAGAACCUGAUGUGCUGCGUUCGCAUCGGGACGAGGCGACAGAGGUCGUCCAGGGCCAACAUUCAACGCGGCUCCGGUCGGGAGACAAGCAGCAGCCUGAAAGAGAAUACAGCAGAGGACAGCAAGGUCUCCACACAGGAGAUGCUGAAGUCUUGAAGGUGGGCUGGACUCGUUUUUGAUUCCAUGAUGACCAUUUUUAGCAACUUGACGUGCCAUUGCUCUGAAAUUCUCCUGCGGACUGCUCUCAGAGAUGAAAAGUUAGACCAGAACUCGAAGGGAAUUUAAUGACAGUACAAAGCAAUGCACUUACUUGUGCAAAUUUUAUUGAUAGUCACCCACAUAGAUGCCUCCGUGCAACAUGUCUGAGCAUGUGCACUACCCACCAGACCACAUCUUCAAGAACAAUGCACUUGUAAAGUUUCACUUUACCUCAUUAAUUCAGCUUUUGACAACCGUUUUUCAGAAUCCUCAACAGCUUUCAUUAGUACUCUGUACUGGUGUAAAAUCUGUGUGAAUCUGUUGAUUACUUAAGUUUACUGUACUGUAUAAAAGGAGUCCUGUCAUUUUUUUAAUCUUAAAAUGGAUGUAUGUAAUAUGUAGAUCAUGUGUAGACGUUGUAGAUAUUAAUGUACUAUAAGCAUUUGAGUGAUUUCAUAUGCAUUUCAGUCUUCAUAUGUAAGAAUAAUGACUUUUUAAAAGUGUGUACUGUAUAUUGUCGAUUGCUAUCAUGAUUAUGUGGUCCUACAUGAUUAAGUGGUCAAUUAUACAAAUGUAAAUACAUAAUGGUACUGCUAAUUUGUGUUUGUGGUUUCAUGUGUAAAAGAUAAAUAUACCUUUUAUAGCAAAUCGUGGUUAUAUUGAAGCUUUUAAAGUGCUCAUUAGAGUCUUUACUCACCGAAGACUCACUUUGAGUGGAUAAAGAAAGUCUUCAUCAGAUUCUCUAAUUAUGAAAUAAAUUAAUAAUAAUUUGUCAUACAGUAUUUACUGCAGUUAUAUAGAUGAAUCCAAAAGUAAAUGAAAUGAUCUGUAUAAUUUAAUUGUGUUCCUGAACUAAAAUACAAUGAUAUUUAAGAAAAAACUUAUGUAAUUUAUUUUAUGCUUAUUUUAUUAUUGUGUUUUGUGUUCAACAUCAAAGUACAAAAAUAAAAUAAAAAUAAAUCUCAAAA